AUGUUUCUCCAGACACCAACAGAAAAGACACUCCUCACAGCUACUCUUACAGCUCUACUAGCUCUCUUACUCUAUACUAGCAGCAGCGCACCGGCAACAGCUCCCCAGCUUUUCAAAACCUCUAUUCUAGGCUCUUUAGCCAAUUUGACAGCUUCCGCUACCCAGCAAAACCACUUUCUCUUCGCCAACGAAAUGUCGGUUCCCCGCGCCAUCCGCAAGGUCUUCCUUGCCAUUGAGCAGGCCGAAGGCCAAGGCGCCCGCGUCAGACGAUCUAUUGGAACACCCAACUUGCGCAAUUUCUCGCCUUUUCUGAUGCUCGACCAUUUCUCUAUUAAGCCAGGUGCCGGAUUCCCCGACCACCCGCAUCGCGGCCAAGAGACCAUCACGUACCUCCUCCAAGGAGGAGUUGAUCACGAAGACUUCGCAGGCAAUAAAGGCACUAUUUACGCAGGUGAUUUACAGUUCCUAACGGCCGGCAAGGGCACGAUGCACGCCGAGAUGCCUCAUCAAAACCCUGAUGGUAGUGCCAAUGUCGGAUUACAGCUAUGGGUUGACCUGCCCAAGGAGCUCAAGUUCUGUGAUACAAGAUAUCGCGAUCUACGAGCUUCUGAGAUCCCCUCGGUGGACGUCGAUGACGGCAAGGCCACUAUUAAGGUCAUUUCUGGCCAAAGCCACGGAGUCGACUCAGUCAAGGAGCUUGCCUACACCCCCGUUUGGAUCCUCGACGUUCUCCUCCGCCCCGGCGCCAAGAUCUCGCAGCCUCUCCCACACGGAUGGAACGCAUUCUCCUAUGUUCUUGAAGGAGAAGCCGUCUUCGGCAAGGGAGACGCUAGCAAAAAGGUCGAACAGUACCACAACGUUGUCUUUGAACAAGAAGGCGACAUUGUGGACCUCGAGAACACUUCCGACAAGGACGCUCGCCUCGUCCUCGUCGCCGGCACACCUCUCGACCAGCCCGUUGUCCAGUACGGCCCAUUUGUUCUCAACACAAAGGAACAAGUGUACCAGGCAUUAUCGGACUACCAGACCUUCUCCAACGGCUUCGAAAGAGCUAAGGAUUGGGAAAGUGAAAUUGGAAAGACAAUGCGUCAUUAA